AUGGUUCUCCUGAACAACAACCAAAUCAGCAAGAUUUCCAGAAAUGCUUUUGAAGGACUUGAAAAUUUGCUAUAUUUAUAUAUAAUCAAAAAUGAAAUUCAUGCACUAGAUAAGCAAACAUUUAAACGACUCAUAUCCUUAGAACAGCUCAUUCACUCCUUCAACCAACUAGGAACGCUACAGUCAGAGACCUUUGGAGACCUUCUGCGGUUGGAGAGACUAUUUUUGCAUAACAACAAACUAUCUAAAAUCCCAGCUGGGAGCUUUUUGCAUCUGGAUUCAUUAAAAAGACUGCGUCUAGACUCCAACCCUCUGGUUUGUGACUGUGGCUUACUGUGGCUGGGGGAGCUUAUACAAGGCUGUGCCCAAAGUGGUCACAGGCAGGCUGCUGCUGUGUGCAAAUAUCCCAGAAGACUGCAUGGGUGCUCGUUUGCUUCAGUAACAGCAGAGGAAUUCAAGUGCAAGAGUCCCCGAAUUACUUUUGUAUCCCAAGAUGUGGAGACACCACCAGGAAAUACUGUCUCCUUCACUUGCCAGGGUGAAGGAAAUCCCAGACCUAAGGUUAUUUGGAUACAUAACAACCAUUCAUUGGAUUUGGAAGAUGAUGCUCGAUUUAGUAUGUUUGAUGACGGGACACUCAUGAUCUGAAACAGCAGAGAGUCAGACCAGGGUGUCUAUCAGUGUAUGCAGUGUAUGGCCAGAAACUCCACCGGGGAAGCCAUGGCACCAAAUGCCAUGCUCGGAUACUCCAGUCUCCCUGCCAAACCUAGUUUUGUGAUCCGGCCCCAGGACACGGAGGUCUGACUUGGCAGCAGCACAACCUUGGAAUGUGCGGCGACAGGCCCCCACCCCCACAUUACUUGGACCAGGGGUGACGGGGAGGAGCUGCAUGGGUCCAGGCACGUGGCAAUUCCCAGUGGACUUUACGUCAAGAACAUCACCCUGCAGGAUCACGGGCAAUUUACGUGCCAAGCCAGCAACAGCCAAGGCUCCAUUCAGGCUACAGCAAACAUAAUUGCACAAGUUUUUAUCCAAAGGUCAGAAUCAACCAUUAGCAAUAAACGAGAUAAAGUCGUUAAUCUGGAAGCAAACUGUCAAAGGUGUUUGUGCGUCAGAAUAUUUUGCAGACACAGGAAAGACGCCGCGCCAGCUGUGCAAGUGAAAAGGGUGUGCCUGCACUCAGAGUCCCUUACCACGCUGUCCACCCCACAGCGAGGACACACUGACGGCUCCAGCAGAUGGCAGGUGGGAGCAAGGGGUGGUAGGAAUUGUGCAAAGAUCUACCAACACAGAGAAAUGAUUUGUCAAGUCAUCUGGAAAAGGUUUUUUAAUGAGGGCUUCCCUCUGGAAGGCCGGCACACAGUUCUCUCCUCUGCCACUUUGAGAAUUGAACACUCAGCACAGCAUGAUCAAGGCCAAUAUGAAUGUCAAGCGGUCAGUCCCCUGAGGGUGAAAAAGGUGUCUGUCCAGCUGACUGUAAAACCCAAAGGAGGGCAGCUCCCUCUGGAAGGCCAGCACACAGUUCUCUCCUCUGCCACUUUGAGAAUUGAACACUAAGCACAGCAUGAUCAAGGCCAAUAUGAAUGUCAAGCGGUCAGUCCCCUGAGGGUGAAAAAGGUGUCUGUCCAGCUGACUGUAAAACCCUGUUUUCUUCCAGUGUUUAUUCAACAUCCUCAGGAUGCAAGUGUCAAGGUUGGGAAGAAUAUAAACAUCUUGUGUCAUGCUCAAGGAGAACCACAGCCCAUAAUUACUUGGAAUAAGGAAGGUGUGCAGAUCAAUGAGAGCGGUAAAUUCCAUGCUGAUGAAGAAGGCACGAUGGCCGUCUAGGACAUAGGGCAAGCUGACCAAGGAAAGUAGGAAUGUGUGGCUUGGAAUCCAUUCGGCCUUGUUGUGGCCAGCAUGUUUCUGACAGUCACUGCCGUACAGGGUAGAGAAGCCGGUGAUGACUUUGUCGAAUCGUCCAUUCUUGAUGCUGUACAGAGGGUUGACAGUGCAAUUAACUCCACACGAAGACAUCUGUUUUCACGAAAACCUCACACCCCCAGUGACCUACUGGCUCAGUUGCGAUACCAACAUGAUCCACGAACUGUGGAGAUGGCAAGAGCAGGUGACAUUUUUGAGCACACGCUGCAGCUGAUCCGGGAACAUGUGAAGCAGGGGCUCGCUGUGGAUUUGAAAGGCAGAGAAUUCCGCUACAGUGACUUGGUGUCCCCGCGCUCCCUCAGCCUCAUCGCCAAUUUAUCAGGAUGCACAGCCCACAGGAAUCUGCCCAACUGCUCCGACCUGUGUUUCCACCAGAGGUACCGAGCAGACGGCACGUGCGACAACCUGCAACGGCCCACGUGGGGCAUGAACGGCCGUCUGGCGCCUGCAGCGGCCGGCCUACCCCGACGGCUUCAGCGCGCCCGCCCGCCCCCGCCCGCCCCCGCCGCCCUGCUGGUCUCCGGGGAGCUGGCGCGCGCCGUGGCCGUCACCCCCGACCACAGAUACACGCCCAUGCCCAUGCAGUGGCGCCAGUUUUUGCACCACGACUUGGACCACACCGUGCCUGCGCUGAGCACGGCCCGCUACUCGGACGGGCAGCCGUGCAGCUCCGUCCGCACCCACGACCCUCCCUGCUUCCCCCUCGCCGCCGCACGCCGACCCCGGGGCAGCCCGGCACCCUGCACCUUCUUCCCUCGCUCCAGCCCGGGGCGCGGCAGCGGCGCGACCUCCUCGGUGGCCGGCUCCGUGCGAGAGCAGAUGAACCAGCUCACAGCCUACAUGGACGCCUGCAACGUUUCCGCGGGCUCGGAGCGGGAAGCCCAGGUUCUCAGAGACCGUUCUGUGCCUCGGGGACUCCUGAAGACAGGCUUGCCCUGGUUCCCUUCUGGAAAGCCCCUACUGCCCUUUUCUAGGGGCCCGCACACUGAGUGCUCACGACAUGCACAGGACAGCCACCCCCUCUUCCUGGCCGGGCACCUCCGGGCCAACGAGCACCCGGCCCUGAUGGCCGUGCACACCCCGUGGUUCCGCGAGCACAACAUGGCCGCGCAGCUGUCGGCUCUGAACCCCCACUGGGACGGGGACACCCUGUACCAGGAAGCCAGGCAGAUCAUGGGCGCAGAGCUGCAGCACAUCACCUACAGCCACUGGCUGCCCGAGGUGCUGGGGGCCGCUGGCAUGAAGAUGCUGCGAGAGUACCGGGGCUGCGACCCCAACGUGAAUGCAGGGAUCAUUAACUCUUUUGCUACUGCCGCUUUCAGAUUUGGCCACAUGUUAAUCAAUCCUCUGUAUCCACUGAAUGACACCUUCGGUGAAAUUCCCGAAGGCCGCCUUCCACUUCACAAAGCUUUCUUUUCACUUUCCAGAAUAAUCAAGGAAGGCGUAGAUCCGCUCCUCCGGGGCCCUUUGGCGCCGCGCAGCUGCGGCGCUCGCAGCCCCUGGGCCCGCCGCGGGAAGCUGCGCUGCGGCCCUGGUCGCGCUGCCGGGCAUCCGAAGGGCCGGGACCACCGGACCCCGCCAUAGGUUGACUUCCGAGUUUUCUGUAAUUUGACUUCUGUCGAGAACUUUGAGGCUCUUCAAAAUGAAAUUAAAGAUCCAGAGAUCAGACAAAAACUAAAAAGUAAGUUGUACCGCACUCCAGGUGACCUUGACCUCUGGCCCGCCCUUACCGUCGAAGACCUGAUCCCCGGUAUGAGAGUGGGACCCACACGCCUGUGCCUGUUGGUCACCCCGUUUCAGCGGCUAAGAGAUGGAGAUAGGCUCCGCGUGGCGAGGAGGAGCACAGCGUGCAAAGGCGGGCCGGUGUCAAGGACGCAGGCGCGACUCCGCGCGCCUGGACGGCCCCGGCGCUCCCCUGGGGGCGUGUGCCCCCGGCCGCUCCCAGCUGGGCGGGGCGUGUGCCCCGCGCGCUCCCCCUGGGGCAAGUGCUGCCCCCCCGGCCGCCGCUCCUGGGGCGUAGUGCCCCCGGCCGCCUCCAUCCCCCUGGGCGUGUGCCCCGGCCGCUCCCCCUGGGGCCGUGUGCCCCCGGCCGCUCCCCCUGGGGCGUGUGCCCCCGGCCGCCUCCCGCCUGGGGCGUGCUGCCCCCGGCGUCCCUGGGCGCGUGUGCCCCGGCCGCUCCUGCGGGGCGUGGUGCCCGCCGGCCGCUCCCCUGGGGGUGUGCCGGGCCGGCCCGGCCGCUCCCUGGGGCGUGUGCCCGGCCGGCCCCACGGGGCUCCGGGACCAGCCCACCGUUCUCCCCCGACGCCCGCCCGCCGGCGAGUCCGCGACGAGGCGCUCCAGCGACCGGCAACUCGACGGGCCUCUGCUCCAGCAAACGACCUCGCCGGCGCCAAGGACGAAGCCGAGAAACAGCGCGCGAGCAGCCGGCGGCGGACCCGGUCGCGCAGGCGGAGUGUGCCGGCCCCGUUCCGCGUCCUGGUGCUCAGACGGGUGGACAUCAGGAAGGCCACAGGCACCGCGUUCACCGGCCUCUUCCGCUUGGCACGGACUUUGCCGGGACGGAAGGGGGGGCGAGCGGUGGGGGGCGGGGCGACCGGCGGGGGGCGGGCGAGCCGGGGGGGGGGCGAAGCGGGGGGCGAGCCAGGGGGCGAGCGGUGGGGAGGGGGCGGCGGCGGGGGGGGCGCCGCGCGGGGGAGCCGGCGGGCGGGCGAGGCCGGCGGGGGGAGCCGCGCGGGGCCAGAGCCGGCGGGCGAGCCGGCGGGGGGCGACGGUGGGGGAGCCGGCGGGGGGGGGGGGCGAGCCGCGGCGGGGGGACGGGGGCGGAGCCGGCGCGGGCAGGCCGGGAGCCGGACCCGGGGGGGCCGGGAGACGCGGGGAGGGCCGAGCCCUGCGGGCGCUCUGGCGGCGGCUCCCUGGCCUGCCAGCCGCCCCGCCGAGGCCGCGCUCCGGUCACCGGAGAGCUCUACCUCCUGGGCAUCAGCUGGCCAGAGAGAAGUGACAGCUCACGGCUGUGGAGCGGGGCCGCCCGAGCAGCCACGCGAGAGCCCGCCGGAGCCUCUGUCCUCCGCGGCUACCCAGGAGAAGCUCGCGGCCUUCAGCCAUCUAAGCGGGAGCAUUUUAUGUGCUUCUUGUGUAAACCGGCAAGAAGAUAACUUGUACGUGGGUGAAGAUGCUAGAAAUGUGACACUUCUGGCAAAAACAAAGUUUGCUCAAGAUUUCAGCAGUUUUGCAGUGGGAAUUCAAAAAACCAUCACAGCACUAAGAAAGCAGCAUGUCUCCGAACACCAUGGAAUUAAAUUAGAUAGUGGCCAGGUCACCUGUGUGGUGGAGACUUGCCCCCGGGCUCCAUGUCCCAGUCCUGAAUUGGUGAAAGAAGUCUGUUGUCCGGUUUGCAGAGACUGAGGAAUGCCGGCUGAAAGCCCAGACAAAUGCUAA